AUUGCACUUUACUAGAAGGAAAACGGGCCAGAGCCUCGUCUAAACGCAAUGGGAGCCAUAAUUUCGCGAUGGAAGACAAAGCCCUCCACAGUGGAACUGCUGGAAACUCUAGAUAAGGACAUAAAGGACCUGGAGGAGUUCCGGGCGAAGAACCAGCGUCUGCUGAAGCUGUGGGUCGGCCGCCUCCUGUUCUACUCCUCGGCCCUGUACUUCCUGGCCUGCGUGUGGUUGUAUUUUCUCUACCAGCCUGAGGAAUGGAGCACACGGAUUCUCACGGCGUUACCUCUGCUCGUCUUCCCCGCCAUUGUGUGGUUUCUUAGGAAACUGCUCAUCUACCUCUUCUCCAAACGCACAGAGAGAAACAAUGAGAAAUUAGAGGACUUAAAAGCAGAAAAAAGAAAAAUUUUAGAAGAAGUUAUGGAGACAGAAACGUAUAAAAAUGCCAAAUUGAUCUUGGAGCGGUUCGACCCGGACUCGAAGAAGAAAAUGGAAGCAGAGGCCACACCCGUCCGACCUCAGAUGACCCCCAGACCAGGUCAAGAUAUCCGUCAGCGUCACGUCGCCAUGGCAACCCCGGGCGGUACUCCCCGCGCCCCGCGACCAGGGGCCACGCCCAUGCAGGGCUCUGCCCCAGGGGGCCCGCCAGAAGAGAGCCUGGGUGCCAUGGCGACCAGUCCCACGGCACCCAGCGUCCCAGAGACUCCUCAGCAGCAGAUGGUCCGGAGACACAUGAGUCCUUACUCACCGCCUGUAGGACCAGGCAUGCACCCCCCUGGUCCCCCUCUGGCUCGGCCCAUCCUGCCACGGGAACGCAGUGCCGUCGACCGAGUCAUCGAGUACCUGGUGGGAGAUGGACCACAGAACAGAUAUGCUUUGAUAUGUCAGCAGUGUUUCUCUCAUAACGGCAUGGCACUGAGGGAAGAGUUUGAGUUUGUGGCGUUCCGUUGCGCGUAUUGUUACUUCAUGAAUCCGGCGAGGAAGACACGCCCCCAGGCGCCCAGACUCCCAGAGUUCAGUUUUGAGCGACGACUUCGCUCGGAAUCUCCUGACCCACAAUCCUCAGCUGCCACCAGCACGCCUGACGACAGUGACGCCGCUGCAGAUGAGGUGGAGCCAGAGGGUCCCUCCAAUCAACAGGAGUGUGAAACCGCAGAAGCCGCACCCGCGCAAGAGGAGGAGUCGGAUAGGCCACUCCCCCGCCGUAGCCCCUCCCCUCCUCCAGUGGCACCAGAGGAGCAUGCAGAGGCAGACGAUCAGAGCAGAGAGCAGGAAGACGUCGAGCUACACUGA